GGCGGAGAGGCAGCCUCCGUAGAAACCGCUCAAAGAAGAAAGUCGCAAUCGUCGGCUGAUAGAGAACGAGAAAAGAGGAGUAACUCACGGCGAAAAGACGACAAACGAAACGAGGGGGACGCAUGGAUUCGUUUUACCUUUCCGCCAUUACUCGCGUGACUUUGCGCUCGAGAAGGGGGGCUGAGACCGAGUGAAGCGGCCCCGGAGGAGUCUAAGAGUAAGAGUACGAACAACAACAGCUGCCACACAAGUAAGGUUCACUCCUCCGAGUCCGUUUCUUUCCACCGCUCCUCCCUUCAUCAGUCCCCAUUGGCUGCUGUUCCCCAGAGGGCGGAGAUAAGCAUGGGGUAAGGGAGCCAAGAGGAGACACCAAAGCAACACAAGCUGAGGAGGCCCAUUCACCUGCACAGGUGGUGACGUGUGCAGGACUCUGUCAUGGCGCUGCUACGGAUGAGGUUCAAGUUUGUGGUGACAGUGAUGAUGGUUAACUUCUUCAUUUUCAUCCUCAUCUCCCGACACAGCAACCAAGACAAAAAUGGAAAUCACAAGGUCCAAAUCCCUUCCAAGCCCUUCUGGCACAAACUGGCUCCUUUCCUGGCGUACUAUAACCGCCAGCAGCAGAUUCUGGACCUUCAGAACAACCCCAUCCUGACUGCUAACAGCAGCGGUGCUGACAUGCCUGACUGGCUCAAUGACACCAGUUUGGCCUCUGACCCCUGCUUGCCUAACUACAGGGUUACAACCCAGGUGAAAGACUACAAUUCCUUACCGGGCCGCUUCAAGGACUUCCUCCUUUACAUGCACUGUCGCUCCUACCCAAUCAUGAAGGACCAGACUGAUAUCUGUAAGGAGCCCCCAUUCCUGCUUCUGGCUGUCAAAUCCCUGGCGCCACACUUUGACCGCCGACAGGCCAUCCGUCAGUCUUGGGGACGUGCUGGUGUUAUAGCCAAUCAGACUGUGGUGACCAUUUUCCUUCUUGGGAACGCUACGCCUGGGGACCACCACCCAGACCUGUCUGAGAUGCUGAGCCAUGAGAAUGCCCGCCAUAAAGACCUCAUCCAGUGGAAUUUCCGGGAUUCAUUCUUCAACUUGACUGUCAAAGAAGUUCUGUUCCUGGAAUGGAUCCAGAACCGUUGCUCCGGUGCUCGUUUCAUCUUCAAAGGUGACGAUGACGUCUUCGUCAACACCUACCGCAUCCUGGAUUUCCUUAAGGGCCUCUCGGAGCCCCAGGCCCGGGACCUUUUUGUGGGUGACGUGAUCACCAACGCGGGGCCACACAGAGACAAGAGGGUUAAAUACUUCAUCCCCGAGAGCAUGUAUGUCGGGAUGUACCCACCGUACGCAGGAGGAGGUGGAUACCUUUACUCUGGUGACAUCGCUGCUCGCCUGCACAACGCGUCACAACAGGUGGUGCUCUAUCCCAUAGAUGACGUCUACACUGGCAUGUGUCUUCGGAAGAUCGGGCUGGCCCCUGAGAAGCACAAAGGCUUCAGGACCUUUAACAUAGAGGAGAAGUACAGGUCAAACCCCUGUGCCUACAAGAGCUUAAUACUAGUUCACCCGAGGACGCCACAGGAGAUGAUCCAGAUCUGGGCCUGGCUCAGUAGCCCUGACUUGACCUGCCAGUGAGGGCAGCAGGUUGGACAUGGCAAAGGGCCAAAGUGACAAAUACUUUUAACUUGAAUGGACUCAUGACCUAAAUGGUGGCAGCUUUAAGUUAAGAUAUCAUUGUGAUGGUCACUUGGAGCCCCAGCUCAAAGCAACGGAUGGAUUGUGGCCUGAAAAUGAGGAAGGACAAGUCGUUUUCAAAAAUAGUAUUUUGACUUGAAGUCAAACUUCCAGAGACAAGCUAAUAACACUGCUUCACUGUAAAACAAGCUUCACCCAAAGUGAAUGUGUCUUUGUGUGAGUGCAUAUAUUUAUAUCACAACUAUUUAUACAGCCUUUGUAAUGCUUUAACACUGUGUGUCAGCUCCAUGACGGAGCGUCUCGAUGCUGUAUUAAAUAAGACUGAGACCAGGGAAAUGCCCAUCUGGGAUUCUCCCGGUUUCUUGAUCAAGGUAUAAGAAGCUGUGUUAGGUCACUGAGUGAUAGUUUUCAGCGCCCUCAGGUAUCCGAAUAUUUCACACUCGAACGAAAGGGUUGAUUCUUGGUGAAAUCAGUGGUUCCUGCAUGUAGCUGGCUGUAGCUGCAAGCUUUAGAAGAAGUUCUGGAUGAACACAUCCUGCUAGCUGGAGGCUUGGUUUGUGCUGCUAUUUCCAUCCACACUCCCUUAAGUAUUUACUUGUGACUCACUCCGACUCAAACUGAUCCAGUUUUUUCCUCACACAGACUUGUGUUUUGUUCAUUUUUUGUAUCAUUGUUAAUGCUACUUCGGUUCCCUGCUUCCUAUCUCACAGGCCGCUCGUCAAAUUAUUGUAGAUGUUUGAAAUGGGAGUUUGGUGGAGUGACAACAGGCUUCUGUACAGCUCAGCAGGUCUGAGCUUGGUUUGACAUGGAUGGAGAAAUCCAAAUGCUGUCUAAUUCCACUUCAGGGUCUCGCUUUACACAAAAUGCUCAUGUAAAGCUUUAAGUGCAUUUCUAGAGAUACAUGUGAUCUCACGCUGCACGAGUAGAGUGUCAGUGUGAAAUACUUGCUUUAGCUUGAGUGGUUGCAUGGAAGCGACGGAUGUCGUCAAACGCUGCCGUCAGUGAUUUAAAAUGUCUGAGCUUCCAUUACUUGACCUCAUGUGCACCAUCACUGCAAGGCCGUAGUUAAUUCUGGGUAAUAAAAACAUGAAUUCAGUUGAAGGCCUGUGUGUUGAUGUUGGCCAAAAAAAAAAAAAAGAUGGAUGACUUGUGUUUUAUUUAAAAAUCACUGCUCAGCUCGCUUCUGUUUAGGCUUUAGCAUAAAUGCUGUCAACUCACUUUACGAGCCACGUGCUGCACUAUUUACUUUGCACCCAUGUUACAUAAAGUUCCUUUUCUGCUGUAUGCUGGACACGGUGACACGUUGUUGGUCUUUAAACCGUGAUAGGAAAGGUCAGACGAAUGUUGUGAGAAUGUGUGUGUUUUCCAGGUGUAGGGCCAAUACAGUGAUUUGAGGGGUUUUGACAGUAUUUGUCCUCAUCGGACGUGCUGCAGGAGGUGAGUACUGAGAGUAAACAGCUGUAGAAUCGACCCUGACCCUGGUUUAACUUUGAGAGCAGGGUGAUGUUGCCACGUCUCUGUUAGAGCUCCCCCUGCUGGGCAGGAUGAAGAACUCUAGCUCGUCUGAGCUUUGCACACACCUACAGUGGCAGGACCCAAACUCUUCCGUCUUAUUUAUUGAACCAGUUUCUUUAGAUUCUCCUGUUUUUGUUUUUUUGAACAUACUUUCUUUGGUGGCUUUUAGCCUACAUUGGUGACAAAUAUUUGGAUUUUGCCUCACAAAUAAGACAAAUAAAGCAGAUCAGACAAUCACAGUAGAAUUUCAAUUUACAUUUAGAAUUUUCUUGUCACUGUAUAUCACUGUCGGAAUUCAUCUGUCUCCAUGUAGGGUAACAAACGCUAAAUAAAAGGAUAUAAAUGGACCAAGGAGAGCUUCUUCCUUCAUUUAAAAUAUUUAAGGUUGGUCACCGGGUCGUGUGUGUUUCACUGUGGUGUCUCACUACUCACAUACCAGUAAUAGAUUACAUUCUCGACUCGCUACACACAGUUUGUGGCUACUUGAAAAUGUUUACAUAUUUGUUAAUUAAAGUCAUGAUCACCUAUUUUUUUAUAAUUAUUACAUUUGGAUGAUUGGCUGCAUAGGUAUUUGCUCGCUCUGAAUUUACCUUCUGCUCUCCGUUCGAAUUUAACGUCACUGCUUCAAUGUUUUCUUUUGAUGAAUGCACGACUUAGCUGUGUGUUUAUGUGUUCUUAUUGGCCAGGAUGUGUGUCUUUUAAUUGAAUUCCCUGUAACUUAUUCAGCUAAAUGCAAUAAUGGUCUAGUUCUUUUUUUAAAAAAAAAAAAAAAAAAAAAAAAAAUUGAUGUCAAGUUUUUCAGACUCCUGAUAGAAUCUUGAAUUUGGCUUCAUCAACCCCCCGACAACAUGUUUUUUUAAACCCCUGUCUUUAUCUUGUUGUUCUGCUCCUGAACUAGUCAUGAUUACCAAUCUGUGCCUGAUGUUUGUAUGUACUGUACGUGCAAAAAGGGUCUGUCUGUUAUGUUUGGCAUGAUCGCUUCAAGAGAAUGACUUGAUUAUUUCAAUAAAGUUAUAUUUUGUUGUUUUUGUA